AUGGCGGAUCCAACACCGAACAAGAAAACAAAAUCACCGGUCUGCGUCACCGGAGCCAACGGCUUCAUUGGAACCUGGCUUGUCAAGACCCUCCUAGACCACGGCUACACCACCAUCCACGCCUCGAUUUUCCCCGGCUCCGACCCAACCCACCUUUUCAGUCUCCCGGGAGCCUCCGACGCUGGCGUGCGACUUGUGGUACACGAGGCUGAUCUCCUUGACGGCGAUGCCAUUCACAAGGCCAUAGAGGGGUGUUCCGGCGGUGGCGUGUUCCAUGUUGCGUCGCCGUGCACUCUCGAGGACCCGGUUGACCCGCAGAGGGAGCUGCUGGAGCCCGCCGUGAAGGGUACUCUCAACGUUCUCGCGGCGGCGAAAAAGUUUGACGUGCGGCGCGUAGUCCUCACGUCGUCGAUCUCAGCUAUUGUACCGAAUCCCUGUUGGGAUAAUAACAAGCCGUUUGAUGAAAGUUCUUGGACUGAUCUUGAUUACUGCAAGUCCCGCCAGAAAUGGUACCCAGUGUCAAAGACACUGGCUGAGAAAGCUGCGUGGGAAUUUGCAGAGAAGAACGGAUUGGACGUUGUAGCAAUCAAUCCAGCUACAUGUCUUGGUCCGCUUUUGCAACCGAGUUUGAAUGCGAGUUGUGCUGUAUUGCAACAGCUGCUGCAGGGAUCAAAAGACACCCAGGAAUAUCACUGGUUGGGGGCAGUGCAUGUCAAAGAUGUCGCAAAGGCACAACUAUUGCUAUUUGAGAAUGCUGCUGCUUCUGGACGACACCUUUGCGCCAAUGGCAUCUAUCAGUUUGGUGAUUUUGCUGAGAAAGUCUCCAAACUCUUUCCUGAGUUUCCAGUUCACAGGUCAGUGUUUUGUAUUCAUUCCAAUGUUUAA